AUGAAAUCCCCCAUUAGAUCAAUAUUUGUGUAUGGUACACUUAGACCAGACGACAUUUCGAAUGCACCAUGGACCAAGCCAUUUAUAAAGGGUUUUAAAUAUCAAAAAUGUCAUUUUAAAGAUGGUAUUAUGUUUCAUGCUGACGAAAGUUACCCAACAGUAUCAUUACUCUACACACAUAAACAACAUGACAAUAACAACAAUAUUAGUGUAAGUGAAGAAAACAAGAAAUUCGAUGACAUCCUAUUAAACCUAUAUAAAGAGAAACAAUGUAAAGGUAUUAUCGGUUACAUGCUAAGUAUAGAUGAAUCACUGCUGGUCGAUGGUUUAGUAGAUCCUAUUAAACUAUUUGAUGAAAAAUUAAAAGAAGCAGAUGAAAUAGAAGAAUAUCCACAACUUUACAAAAGAUCAAUAAUUAAAGUAAAACCAUUAUUAGAUGAAAUACUCCAUCAGCAACAACUAGAGCAUCAACAACAACAACAACACAAUCAAGAUGACCAUUUAGAAUGUUUUAUAUACCACAGAAAUGAUUGUAAUAGAGAUGUAGUUAUAGCCAGUGGCGAUUGGUUAGAACAUGUUAAAAACAAUCCACAUAUUAUAAAUAGUAGCAAAAAUUAA